UUGAAUGAAUAGAUAAGUCAAGUAAAAAAAAAAAAUUGUUUGUAGCUUCUAAUAUUUCAUAUACACACAUAAAUAAUUGACUUUGUCUUUUUUUUUGUUCUACUCAAAGUCUCUCUCUAUGGGUUUGCUUAGCACCAAAAGAGCUAACAUAUGAGUGAGUAUUUCUUAUGGUUAUUGGCUCUUGCAUCUCACAAAAAUUGAUGGGAAAGAAGAAAGUUGUGAAGAAGACAAAGGAGUUAUCAGUGGCAAUAGCAGAAUCAUCAGCAAUGAGUGGAGAUUCCCAACAACAAAUUACACCUAGGAAAAGAGGAAGACCAAGAAAGAUUGUUGUAAAAAAUGAAGAUGAUGUUUCUGCUGAAUUAAAAAAACUCAAAACAAGUGAAGUUGAAGAAUCAGAAGGUGAAAAGAAGAAACAACAAGAAGAUUUUGUAGAGGGAAAAAAUUUACAACCACAAAAUCAACAACCUACAAGGAGUAGUAGAGCUAGAAGAAAAAGCAAACCAAUAAAGAGCUGCUAAUUUUUUUUUUUUUUUUUAAUCUACUUAUCCUCCUACGUGACUCGAACGCUCAAUUUAUCAGUAGACGAUGGAGGUACUUAUGUUCCAACACAACUCGAACCCUCAAUUUAUCAGUAGAUGAUGGAGGUACUUAUGCUUCAAUACAACUUGAUCCUUGAAUUUAUCAAUCGAUGGUGGAGGUGUUCAAUCACUUCUGCCGUAAAAAAUCAAUUUCAAGAAAUUCCCCCUUUUCAUUUUGUUCCUUUCCUAGUGGUGUUAUUAUUAUUAUUUUUUUUGUUUUGUUUUUAGUAUGUCCAUUUUAAUUGUGAGAAACUUUUAGUUAGGAAGGAAUUGGUUAGCUUUGCACUAUGGAUUGAAUUGUGAUAUGACUUGUAUUGACUUUUGUGUUCAAGUGUGAUCUCAGUUCAAGAAAGUUGGAUAAGCUCUAGCACCAA